AUGAACUGCACCGACGCUGCCGAAUACAUGUUGUUUACACCACAACGUGUGAUUUUAUUCGUGCACGUUUCUUUCUGCAUUUCAUCCAUUAUCGUCAAUUUACUUUUUGUAAAAUAUUGCAGGAAAGACGUUUUCUUCCAUUGUAACUGUAAGGUUCUACUAUGGACGUUAGUUGUUAUUAACAUUGCACACUCAUUAUUCCUUGGAACUUUACAGGGCACUCAUUUAUAUAAACUCUUCACUGCCAGCAAUCCUUGCGACCUGCUAGUCCCGGCUGUGUUCUGUUAUUCGCUAAGAAUGCCGUCUACAAUGUGCUUUAGUGCUCAUAUAACUAUUCAUUUAUCUAUAGUGAUUGAAAGAGCGGUGGCAUUGAAAUACCUGAGCACCUAUGAAAGAAGCACACCUGUUGCUGGUUUUGCGUUGGUGUUCCUUUCGGUGAAAUUUUACUCAAGCAUAACUAUCCAGACAAAUCGGUGA